AUGGAGCUAGUGCGAUGCAGUACGAGAGCAACGAAGCUGCUUCAGGCUAAACAACUGCGCGAAGCUGAAGGGUUGCUCCGGGACGUCCUCCAGCGCCAACCGCUUGCGGGUUUUGAUGCGGUAGCAAUGGCCCAGACACGACAUGACUUGGGGAAGACGUUGCGGCUCUUGGGGGCGCUGGACGACGCGCUCGAAGUCCUGAAGGCAGCGCUGGACGUGCGGGAUCGAUGGGAUGCAAGUGCAGGGAUCGGAAGCGCGUGGAGGGACGGGAACCUCACGCGCGAAGAGGUGGCCAAGGUGUACGAGGCCAAGGGCGAGUGCGGACGAGCGUUGGUUGUGCGACGGGAAGGAGGCACGCCCCUUUGCAGCAAUGAGGCGUGCAAGGCGCUCGAGUAUCAAGAGGAGACGCUGCAGGCCUGUAGUCGCUGCAAGUGCGUGUUUUACUGCAGUAAGACGUGCCAGCGGCAAGACUGGAAGAGUCGACACAAAGGCUGUUGUCAGGCAGUGGCGAGGAGGGAGGACGUGCUGCAAGCAAGCAAAGACAUGGGGAGACUGAAGGUAACGACAACGACGACGACGACGACAAGGGGGCACUGA